UUUUUAUAACUAUCGACGUCCCGCUGUGGAUGCAUAACGGUGAUCUAAUGUUGUUUUAAGUUAGCGGUCAGUGCAUGAAGAGGAAGUGUUUUAGGUGAAUUAUUGCUAAUGGAGUGAACGCUACUGAAGUUUAAAAAGAAAUUGAGCAAUAUUACCUUUUACCUUCUUCAUCCUUUAGUUGAGAAAAGUGACAUUAAGUGGGUUAGAUUGUCAUGUUAAUAUUGUGAUGUCAGUGUUUUGAAGUCUGUUAAAUAAUCGCUGACAUACAGUAACUAAAUACAUUUACUCAAGUAGCUCUGCCUGUUUCACAGCUCAAAAUAAUCCUUUUUUAAUUUUACUGUCUACUGUUUCAUGUCACUUGUCUCAAACAACCUGCUUUAGCUCCUCCUACUUUAAGCCACCUUUCUUCUGAUUGGCUGUCUUCUGUAAACAGAAAUUCUGUGGCGAGAUGACUAGAAAUAAGGAAAAUAGGUCCGCUUAAUCUACUAAAAUGUGUAGGAACUUUAUACCGAGUAGCGGUGAAAAAGAGAACAUUCUGUCUGCUUAAAAUAAUGUGCGGAAACUUUAAGGUGGUCUGAAUCCUUUCUUCAUCUACCUUAUUUCUAAACAUUUUCAUGCAGUGAUGUUUAUAGACUUUUAUUCUGAAGAAAAUGUAUCUGCACACUUAGUAACCUCAGUAUUAGCAGAGGUUGUAAACUAAUGUACCAAAAAUAGCCCCCUUCAGGCACCCCCCCCCCCUGCAAAAAAAAAAAAAAAGAAAUCCCUGUGCACCUGUGCAGGUGCAUGAUCAGUUUCCUGGCUGGCUGACAGGCCACAAAUGGUUCCUUCCUCUCACCCUCAGCACUGGAGCUCCAUAAAAUUAUGUGCCGAGAGCAGGACUGUUCUCAAAUAAUAAUGCAUCUGCCCACUGGUAUGAAAUCAACCACCUUUCACCUGGUAUAAGGAGAGCAACUUUGAGCUGAACUCAGGAAACCGAGGGGACCAUGAAAAAACAGCAGAGUAUUAUUCUACCCUCUCAGUAUAAAUCAGGCCUAGGUAGAGAAAGUGGAUAACUUCAAGUAACACCCUGCUGAAGAAAUCCCAUCAAGGCUUCUACAACCUCAUGCGAUUAAAGUACUUCAAACUCCUGCUCAGGGCGCUUAGGAAUCUCUGCACUUCUGGGAAGGGUGCAUCAUUCCCUGGGCAUGACCACUUAUCCAUCAGGAGGGUAGUUGAUUCAGCUGAGAGAAGAGGAUGUGUACUUCAGAUGAUGCAGAUCUAGAGCCGAGAGGAUCGCGGGAGAUUCUUCCAGCCACCCUAACAGCUGACUGCCAUUGGGGAGACACUACUGUGUGCUGUUUAUAUGCUGCCAGCACAGAAACAAUAUGGAGAAGCUUUGAUCUUCAUGCCAUCAGACUGCUAAAGCCCACACCACCCACUACCUACACAUUACUCAGCUACUCGGGUCAGAGGUCACCAUGGGCUCUGCAGUGGAAAGGACAGAUGAGCAUGUGAGGGAGUAUCUGAUCUACCGUGGCUUCACCAACACUCUGAAACAUCUGGACAACGACAUAAAAGCUGACAAGGAGAAAGGCUUCAGGGUGGAUAAAAUCAUCGAUCAGCUGCAGCAGUUUGUCCAGAGCUUUGACCUGGCUGGUCUGAAGGAAUAUUGGCUCUACCUGGAUAAACGUCUGUUCAGCAGACUCGAGGAUGUUUACAGAUCCACCGUCAACAAGCUGAGGAUCAGCCUGUACAGAUACUACAUCAUCAACACCGUGCAGAAAGGAAACCUGGAGAAGACUCAGGAGUUUUUCCAGAAGCAGGCGUCAGAGCUGCAGGGUCAGGCUGAGUGGCGUGAUUGGUUCAUCCUGCCAUUUAUCUCCUCCCCUGAGCAGAACUCCGCCUUCUGUCAGUACUUCUCCCGCCAGUGGUCUGACACCUUCCUGGUUUCACUGCAUAACUUCCUGUCGGUGCUCUUCCAGUGUAUGCCUCAGCCUGUCCUCCUCAGCUUCGAUGCUGAAGUCCAGAAGAUGACCUGCCUGAUGGAGGAGAACGAACAGCUCCGUCAGCUGCUGUUCGCCCUGCAGACGGAGAGCCGGGAUCAGAGGGAUAGAGAUGAGAUGAUCCACCACAAGCUGCCGACAUACGUCCAGAACAUGGACCGACUGGGAGACACUGAGCUGGACUUAGUGACGAGCCAGCGAGCUGUCAGCACUGCCACCACCCCUACCAGAAACUUCUUCUCAACAUUCCUACCACAAGGCAGACGAGCCCCAGGGAAACCAAUGCAAGCCAUCUCUGGGUCCUCACCAAGCCAGGCAGCAAUGGGCAGGAAGGACCCACUGAGUAAUCAGCCUGUGAAAUCUAAAGAAGCAGGCCAAGUUAAGGAGGUGAAGCCAGCAUCUACCCAGUCAUCAACCAGUGAACCAGUGAGCUCCCAGUCCCAGCUGUCUACAAACCAGUCAGGGAACCAGAAUUCGAGACACAAAAGAAUCCAAGAUCAUGAGAAGGAGAGGAAGGAGCUUUUCUCCAAACCACCACCACAGACAUCAGAGAAGAAAGGGGAGCUGGGGGAGGUGGAGCCUCCCAUUGAGUCCUCAAGUGAACCUACCGAUUCCUCAAACAGCAGAAGCUGCGGUCCAAGCCAAGAGGAACCUCCCUUCAUUAAACUCAGCCAGGAGGAGUACGGAGAACACCACUCAUCCAUCAUGCACUGCAGGGUUGACUGUUCUGGUCGCCGUGUCGCUAGCUUGGAUGUUGACGGAGUCAUCAAGGUGUGGUCGUUCAACCCCAUCAUGCAGACCAAAGCCACCAUCAUGUCCAAAUCUCCUCUAAUGUCUCUGGAGUGGGCCACCAAACCAGACCGACUGUUGUUAUUAGGCAGCGGCGUUGGCACAGUACGGUUGUAUGAUACGGAAGCCAAGAAGAAUCUCUAUGAGAUGAACAUCGACGAGGCUCAUCCACGUAUCUUGUCUUUAGCCUGCAGCCCCAGCGGUUCAUCAUUCGUCUGUUCAGCUGCAGCUCACAGUCGAUCUGGAAGUGGCGAGUCUGCUCCUCGACUUCCCAUAACGGUGUCUGGUCAGCUGCUGCUAUGGGACACCAAGACUGUCAAACAGCAGCUCCAGUUCUCUUUGGAGCCAGAACCAGUAGCCAUAAACUGCACAGCCUUCAAUCACAAUGGAAACCUGCUGGUGACUGGAGCCGCUGACGGAGUCAUCAGACUGUUUGAUAUGCAGCGGUAUGAGAGCGCGAUGAGCUGGAGAGCUCAUGAUGGGGAAGUUUACAGUGUGGAGUUCAGCUAUGAUGAAAAUACCGUCUUCAGCAUCGGAGAAGAUGCCAAGUUUAUCCAGUGGAACAUCCAUCGCUGUGGGGUUAAGCAGUCGGAGCAGAUUUUACCUCAGGACGCCACCGGGCCCUUCGUCCUGUCGGGGUACAGCGGCUACAAACAAGUUCAAGUCCCUCGAGGUCGACUCUUCACGUUUGACUCUGAAGGUCAACACGUCCUGACCUGUUCUAGCUCCGGUGGACUCAUAUACAGACUGGCCAGUGGGGAGUCAGCUCUGGAGAGGGUGCUGUCACUGGGGGGGCAUAAAGCACCAGUGGUGACCGUCGACUGGUGCUCAGCAGUGGACUGCGGCACCUGCCUGACAGCCUCCAUGGACGGGAAAAUCAAACUGAGCACGCUUCUAGCACAGAAGUCCUGACUGGGGACCUAACGGAGGUCCUCUGUUCUUGUGUGUCUGUGCAGAGAUGAAAGGAAGACUCGAGGAAUGUUUCAUGAUACAAACAAACCUGUUUUUAAAUCAAAUUAGGAUUAAAAUCUCACUGAAGGUUC